AUGGCUUGUGAGAAAGAUGUAACAUUUCAACAUAAAAUCAUUGUAAUUCCUGGAGAUGGUAUUGGUGUUGAAGUGAUGAGUGAAGCAGAAAAAAUGUUUCAAUCUCUUAACCUUCCUAUUCAAAGAGAUUAUGUAGAUUGGGGAAUUCAGCAUUACUUAAAAACAGGAAAAGUAGUUCCAAUAGAUUAUAUUGAUCAAGUCAAACAAUAUGAUGCUAUCUUAUUAGGGUCAUUAGGAGAUCCAAGAACAUUACCUGAUUAUGUUACUCUUGAGCCAUUAAUUCAAAUGAGACAACAAUUAGAUCAAUUUUUAUGUCUUCGUCCAGCAAAACAUUUUCCAGGAAUUCCAACACCUUUAAAAAAAUGUGAAAUCGAUAUUUUAGUUGUAAGAGAAAAUUCUGAAGGAGAAUACUCCAAUAUUGGUGGAAUAUUUAAAAGUGGAACUCCUGAUGAAUUUGCAAUUGAAAGUGCUGUUCAUACAAGAAGAGGAUUAGAAAGAGUAAUACGAUAUGCCUUUGAAGCAUCUAGAAAACGAAGGAAUCAUGUAACAUUAGCUACUAAAUCAAAUGCGAUGAAAUAUGGAAUGGUAUUAUGGGAUAGUGUAUUUGAAGCAAUUGCAAUGGAAUAUCCUGAUGUUACAGCAGAAAAAUAUUAUAUGGAUGCUUUAAGUGCUGAAAUAGUAAAGAAUCCAAGUAAAUUUGAUGUUAUUGUUGGAAGUAAUUUAUUUUGUGAUAUUAUUAGUGACUUAACUGUAACUGUUGCUGGCUCAAUGGGAAUUGCUCCUAGUGCAAAUAUUAACCCAGAACGUACAUUCCCUUCAUUAUUUGAACCUGUUCAUGGAAGUGCAUUAGAUAUUGCUGGUAAAGGAAUUUGUGAUCCAAUUGGAACUAUGAGAGCAAGUUCAAUGAUGUUAGAAUUUCUUGGUUAUAGUGAGGAAAGUGUAUUAAUUGAAGAGGCUAUUCAAUCUAGUAUCUUACAAAAAAUUACUACUAUUGAUAUUGGUGGAACAAAAACUACUAACGAAGUUGGGAAUUUUAUUGCUGAUUAUAUUCGUUCAAAAAAAUCAUCAACUUCUUCUUCAAUGACAAGAUCUAGUAAACAACGAAAACAAUGA